AUGACCUUGCAUGAAAUGGCAGAAACAGAUGAAGGAUGGCUGGAAGUUGUCCAGUCCUUAAUAAGAGUUAUUCCAUUAGAAGACCCCUUGGGACCAGCUGUUAUAACUUUACUCUUGGAUGAGUGCCCAUUACCAACCAAAGAUGCAUUGCAGAAAUUGACGGAAAUAUUAAAUUUAAACGGAGCAGUGGCUCUCCAGGAUGCCUGUCAUCCUGCCAAGCAUCGGAACACCACUGCAGUCCUGGGCUGUUUGGCAGAAAAGCUCGCAGGCCCGGCAAGUGUAGGUUUACUCAGCCAAGGAAUCUUGGAGUACUUGUUGCAGAGCUUGGAGUUCCAGUCCCACCCGACAGUCAUGCUUUUUGCACUAAUCGCCCUGGAGAAGUUUGCGCAAACAAGUGAGAAUAAAAUGACAGUUUCUGAUACCUGCAUCAGUGAUCAGCUUGUUUUGUUAGAGAAAUGGACCAAUAAUCCAGACUACUUAAAACGCCAAGUUGGAUUCUGUGCUCAGUGGAGUUUAGACAAUCUAUUUUUGAAAGAAGGCAGACAGUUUACCUACGAGAAAGUCGACCUGGCCAAUGUGAGGGCUAUGCUGAAUAGCAAUGAUGUCAGUGAAUAUCUGAAGAUCUCACCGCAUGGGUUGGAGGCCCGAUGCGACGCUUCGUCUUUUGAAAGUGUCCGAUGCACCUUCUGUGUAGAUUCCGGAGCUUGGUACUAUGAAGUCACGGUCAUUACCUCCGGAGUGAUGCAGAUAGGAUGGGCUACUAAAGACAGCAAGUUUCUCAAUCACGAAGGUUAUGGUAUUGGGGACGAUGAAUACUCCUGCGCUUACGACGGCUGCCGGCAGCUGAUCUGGUAUAAUGCCCGAAGUAAACCACAUUCCCACCCAUGCUGGAAGGAAGGUGACACUAUAGGAUUUUUACUGGACUUGCAAGAGAAGAAGAUGGUUUUUUAUUUAAAUGGGCACCAGCUUCCUGCUGAGAAGCAAGUCUUUUCAUCAGCUGUCGAUCUGUGCAUGGAAUGUGCCUUGCAACUGGAAACCUGCCCUUUGUGUCGGCAAGAAAUUCAGACCCGCGUCCGACAGAUCGCUCACAUUUCAUGA